CGCCCGCCCGUUUUCCCUCCCGCCCGGGCCCGCCUUCCCUCACGGCUGCCCCCGGAGCCGCCGCUCAGAGCAGCCCGACCCUCCGGACCCCUCCGGCCCGAGCUCCAGCCCCGCUGCCGGCGGGACGGAAGGCGGCAGUUCUGAGGGCUCAUUUAAUCAUGACCUCUUUUGAAGAAGCUGAAACCGAAGAGACAGUAACAUGUCUCCACAUGACCUUUUACCAUCCCUGCCAAGAAGACAAAAUGAUGUUUCGUUGCUUGAACUUCUGUAAACGAGAACAGGUCAGGGCAGAUGAAAUGGCCAAGUUUGGCCGUGAUUCCAACGUCUGCCGCUACAACCUGAUGGAUACUCGUGUUUCUCGGGUUCAGUUUUCAUUGCAGUUCUACAGAAAACUGAACAGCUCGGAACAUUGCUUUGAGAUAAAGAACAUGAGCAAGAAAACAAAACUCAUUGUGGAUCAAACAGAACUGGGUUACUUAAACAAAAUCGACCUGCCGUGGAAGUGCAUCAUUUGUUUUGGGGACUACCAGAUUUUAGCAGAGACUCAAGAAGGGGAGUCCAUGGAUUAUUUUGAGACUCACUUACACUUGGCUAAAGUGCCAAUCUUGCAAGAAAGGUGCCUGCCAUCACUGCAACCUGUGGCAGAGAAUGGCUUUUCUUCUUCCUUGUUUCCUUCCCAAGAGAAAAGCCCCGUAGAGAUUGAUGAAAACGAGUCAUGCUAGCGGGGAGAAGGAGGCUGGAGCAGCAUUUGAUCAUUGUAAACCUGCUCAACUUCCAAAAUUGAAGGCUGUCACCUCAGUCCACUGUUCUUGAUGGUUCUCAGUGUUGCACAUCAGUGUUCUUGUUAUUUUCAGCAUACCAGAAUGUACUUCAAUGGAGUCCUGGCACUGUCCUCACCAGCGUGUGACCUCUUGAUCAUCACUGUUUGCCACACAAACACGUGGGAGACACAGAGGGCCUCUCAAAUCCACUGCAGCAAAUUCAAUCCAAGAACUGUGACCACAUCCUUGAAGGGAUAUUUAACAGGCAUUAAUACAGAGCAUGCAGAACAGUGUUUUAGCCCCAGCAUUGGUUGGCCAAAUAGGGAUGUAAUGUCUCACUAUAUUUGUUAUUCUUUGCUUCUGAUGUAAAAAUCCAAACAGUAUUUUCAAGCCUAGGUCUUUACUUCCUGGAUUUUGCACCUUAGAAACACCUUGUCAGCAUAGUCAAACAUGUAAAAAAGUAUUUUUAAAAAAGUCAAACAUAUAACAAAACAUAAUAUUUUUAUUGACUUUGCAGUGGGAUUUUUAUUGUUUUUAAAAUUAAUUAAUAUAUAUUUUUUGCAAGUUAACUACUUUUGUGAAUGUAAAUAAACAUGACCAUAGUAUGUAAAAAUCCAGAUAAAUUUUGUAAUAAAAGCAUUUAGUUGCCUA